AUGGGGCAUGCAGAGGUACGCCGGCAACAGCGCUGGGUUCAGCGGCGGCAGGGACACGGCGCGAGGUCGGAAGCCUCGCCGUUUUCGUCCUCCUCCUCUGGUUACCCCGUCAGCUCCAGGCGGCAGCAACAGCUAGCUCCAUACAAGCUAAAGUGUGACAAAGAGCCACUUAAUAACAAGCUUGGGCCACCUGACUUCUAUCCACAAACACCAAACUGUCCUGAAGAGACAUUAACCAAAGAGUAUGCACAAGCUGGGUAUAAGGAGACUGUUGAAGGAAUUGAGGUGUGCGAUGGAGAAGGCCAUGAGCUUGUGCUAGAACUAGGACUACGGACAGCCAAAGGAGACGAACUAAACAAUCUGCUGAAGACAUCCAUGCAACCAGAAGACAUGCAGGAAGAAGAUCUUUACAAAGGCUGCCCUCUACCAACUGCCUCUGCAGAAACAGGGAGUGUGAACUCAUACUUGCUGGUGGAAGUUCCUGUGCGCCAGGCAGCUAAAGACAACGGUGGGUUUGGUGGUAGAACCAAGAAAAAGCUGAGGCUGAGCAAGGAGCAGUAUGGGUUCCUGGAGGACAGCUUCAAGGAGCACAGCACCCUGACGCCCGUAGGUGUUCUGAUUACUAUAUGGCCCCCAUACAUGUCUGUCAAAAAAGAAAUUACAUGUCGUGUCGUAUUUUUGGAAAAGAGUCCUGAUGUGUUAAGACUUAAGUGGAAAACAACUCAACUACCAAAAGAAAUUCUGAGUAUAUACAGCUUUAUAUCAGAAAGUCAUUGUAGAAUGUAA